AUGGCAGAUGGGAUCGUGGCACUAGAUGAUCUGCUCAUCUUCCAGAACUCGCGCGGGCACCACGACUUGCAGAGGGCAAGUCGCGGUAGCAGCGACAGCUCAGAGCCAGUGACGCCUGUAUGGAGCACUCCCGCGAAGACAUCCAGACGAACGAGUGCUUCAAGCAAAGCUGCGACAAACGACGAUUCGCUAAGAUCUCUGCCGGGGCGAUUAGAGACACUGGCAAAGCUUCGUCGCAACAGUGAAUUGACAUCACAUCCUCAGAGCAGCGUAGGCACCUCGCAACACGGCAGCGACAGCGGCCGCAGCUCUGCGAACCAUGCACCAAGCUGGCUGAGCUCUUCUCGUCCCCCAUCGAGACCAAGCUCUGCCAGGGCGAAUCACCCAAAGUCGUCCACCGUUUUGAUGGGCAGGUCUGAUUCCUCUGGCAUGUCCCUUGAGUCGCCACGCAUGUCGCGCGGGUCAAGUUCAAGGUGUCUUUCGGGUCCUACCAGUACAAGGCCCCCACACACUGAAGGAUCCUGCCGAAGUGCCCGGGCAAGCAACACUAGCAGAACACCGCAGAGGGAAGACGAAACCUACGAAAGCCUUUUCAGCCAGGCAGCUGGCACUCGCAGCUGGGAGACGAGGCUCCGAGUCCAACGGGGUCAAGCUCGUCAAACGAGCGACCCCGUGGACCAGGUGAAAUUGCUCUACGGCUCUCAAGGUAUCUCAGGUCAGCAGACAUGUGCUGGCCAACGACCCGAAAAGCCAGCUCGUGGGAUCGGACGAGGGCUGUGCUCGCCAUCAAUGGAGACGGACAAGUCCAUGUUCAAUGGCUAUGCCGGCACUCGUUCCAGACCCUGGCAAGGGCCUCCCUAUGCCAUCGAUCAGGCAGUGGUCCACAAGAGAUAG